CCAAAUUUACUCACUCAAGCAAGCAAAGGAUAAAGUCUUCCUUGUAUAUAUGGUCCAAAACCAAACAAGAAAUACACCUAUUGAGUACACAGAGAGGGAGCAAGAAAGCAAGCAAAACCCAGAACCCAAAGCUCUCUCCAACCAAUGGCGACUCCAGUAAAAGUGCACGGACCACCCAUGUCCACGGCUGUGUCCAGGGUCUUAGCUUGUCUCCUUGAGAAAAAUGUCGAUUUUCAGCUCAUCUCCGUCAACAUGGCCAAGGGCGAGCACAAGAAGCCCGAAUUCCUUAAGAUCCAGCCCUUUGGCCAAGUACCAGCAUUUGAGGACGGGGGCGUCUCCCUCUUCGAGUCUCGAGCGAUAUGCCGGUACAUUUGUGAGAAGUACGCGGACAAAGGAAACAAAGGGCUGUAUGGAACGAACCCGCUGGCAAAAGCAUCCAUAGAACAGUGGCUAGAGGCGGAAGGGCAGAGCUUCAGCCCUCCAAGCUCUGUUUUGGUGUUUCAGCUCGCGUUCGCGCCGCGAAUGAAGAUCAAGCAAGACCAAGUGGUGAUCAAGCAGAACGAAGAAAAGCUUUCCAGGGUGCUCGACAUCUACGAUAAAAGGCUCGGGGAGACCCGGUUCUUGGCCGGCGAUGAAUUUACUCUGGCUGAUCUUUCACACUUGCCCAACACCCAGUACUUGGUGGGUGUCUCUGGUAGAGGCGAGCUCUUCACUUCGAGAAAGAACGUGGGAAGAUGGUGGAACGAGAUAUCCAGCCGAGACUCCUGGAAAAAGGUGGUUGAUAUGCAGAAGAAAAGUGCUUGAAAACUAGGCUGGUGAUUUGGUUCUUUGUUUCUGAGUUUUUAUUGAUGGCAUUUUGUUGAAUAAAUUGCUUCAAUCGAACACUAAUGCCUUUCUAAUUUUGGUUAUGCUGAGUCCAGAAGAUAUCUUUCAGUACAGUCUAUUAAUUCAGUUGAAUUGUUCGCUUCAUUGAAUUCA